AACCUCCACUAUGAGUCAUAGUUUUCACUUUUCAGGGAUGAAUGCUGGUUUGCUGUCUGUACUCUAUAGGGCCCACAAAAGAAGAAGGUAUAACAGUGAUCAAUUUUGCGAAGACCAAUGGUGGUGGUGGACCGGUGGUGGUGUCGAGUGCAAAUUUAGAAACUUCAAUUUCAAGGGUCAAAUAUCAAUUGUCAGGAGAAAAAGGGCACGGGUUUAAUAUUGGUGGAAAUGUACCCCUUGAUGUUAUAAAGAAGCAGCCUACCAAGCAUUUGAUAAAAAAAAAAAAAAAAACCGAAGUCCAUCCCAACAAGCUACGUUCCAGAUGUGGAAGCUCGGACAAUAGAGUAAGAAUUGAGGGAAGGACAGUAUCUUCCAGAUAUGGAAAUGGAAGAUUGGAUAGAGAGUAUGAGAGGGGGGGAGUUGGUGGUUAUUGAUGAAGCUGGUAGAUCAACAGUUUCUCAAAGGGAAGGAGGAGAUCUUUUAGACACAGAAAAUUUGACAGAGAGCAUAACCGUAGAAGGGUAUAUGCUUAUCAACCAAGGUAGAGUUUCGUCAGAAGGGCAAGAGACAGAUGUUUCAGAUGUGGGAGUGGAGGAUUUGACGGAUGACUUCAUUAUGGUUGCCGACGAAAGUAGGGUUUCUGAAGGGCUUGAUACACAUAAAGCUAAAGGAGAAGCAUUACUGACAACAGAGCUGGCAGGUCAGGGUUUUGACAAAAAUAGGGAGAUGAUCUGGUCUUGGUUGAUGAAGGAUGAAGUCUCAAGUAUUGGCAUUUAUGGGAUGGGCGGUGUUGGUAAAUCAUCAUUGGCAACGCAUAUCCAUAAUCAGCUUCUACAAAGACCAACUUCUUUCAAGCAUGUGUUUUGGAUUACUGUAUCACAAGAUUUUAGCAUCAGUAAAUUGCAGUAUCUUAUUGCCAAAGCUAUUAAUUUAAAUCUUUCGAAUGAAGAUGAUGAGAAGAAAAGAGCUGCCAAGUUGAAUAAAGCAUUAGUUGCAAAGGGAAAAUCUGUUCUCAUUUUAGAUGAUUUGUGGAAUCAUUUUCAUCUAGAAAAGGUGGGCAUACCUGUUGAGGUGAACAUGUGCAAGCUGAUUCUCACAACUCGAUCAUUGGAAGUUUGCAGGCGGAUGGGUUGCCAAGAGAGAAUCCAAGUAGAGCUUCUUACUAAGGAAGAAGCUUGGACUUUGUUCAAGGAGAAACUUGGGCAUGAUGCUGCACUCUCUCCUGAAGUUGAACAGAUGGCAAAAUUGGUUGCAGCUGAAUGUGCUUGUCUGCCACUUGGGAUUAUAACAAUGGCAGGAAGCAUGAGGGGAGUGGAUGAUUUAUAUGAGUGGAGGAAUGCGUUGACAGAAUUGAAACAAUCAGAAGUUAGGCCACAUGACAUGGAACCUGAGGUAUUCCAUAUUUUGAGAUUUAGUUACAUGCGUUUGAAUGACUCAGCAUUGCAACAGUGCCUCUUAUACUGUGCAUUCUUUCCAGAGGGUUUCACUAUGGAUAGAGAGGACUUGAUAGGGUAUUUGAUUGAUGAGGGGAUAAUUCAACCAAUGAAGAGCAGGCAGGCAGAAUUUGAUAAAGGUCAGGCUAUGCUUAACAAUCUUGAAAAUGCCUGCUUGUUGCAAAGUUAUAUAAGAAAAGAAAACUACAGAUGUUUCAAGAUGCAUGACUUGAUUCGAGAUAUGGCUCUCCAGAAACUCAGAGAGAACUCCCCAAUCAUGGUUGAAGUUAGGGAGCGACUAAAAGAAUUACCAGGCAAGGAUGAGUGGAAAGAGGAUCUUGUGAGAGUUUCGUUAAUGGAAAAUCGCCUCAAGGAAAUUCCCUCUAGUUGUUCACCAAUGUGUCCCAAACUUUCAACAUUAUUUCUAAACUCAAAUAUCGAGCUAGAAAUGAUUGCAGAUUCCUUUUUCAAGCAUUUGCAAGGGCUCAAGGUUCUUAAUCUAUCAAGUACUGCUAUCCAGAAAUUGCCAGGUUCCUUUUCUGAUCUAGUGAAUCUCACUGCAUUAUAUCUCAGAAGGUGUGAGAAGCUGAGGCAUAUACCAUCAUUAGCAAAGCUUAGGGAGUUGAGGAAAUUGGAUCUCCGCUAUACUGCCCUUGAAGAACUGCCCCAAGGCAUGGAAAUGCUGUCCAAUCUCAGGUAUCUUAAUCUUCAUGGAAACAGUCUGAAGGAGUUGCCUGCUGGUAUAUUGCCUAACCUCUCCUGUCUAAAAUUCCUCGGCAUUAACCGGGAAAUGGGCCUUUUCAAGACCGAAAGAGUAGAGGAAGUGGCAUGUUUGAAAAGCUUGGAAACUUUGAGAUACCAAUUCUGUGAUCUUUCUGACUUCAAGAAGUACCUCAAAUCUCCAGAUGUGAGGCAACCUCUGAUCACAUACUUCUUCCUAAUAGGACAACUAGGCGUGGAUCCAACCAUGGAUUAUUUACUUUAUAUGACACCAGAGGAAGUCUUUUAUAAGGAAGUUUUGCUGAAUAAUUGCAAUAUCGGUGAAAAGGGAAGGUUCCUUGAGCUCCCCGAAGAUGUUUCAGCUUUGUCAAUUGGAAGAUGCCAUGAUGCAAGAAGCUUAUGUGAUGUUUCUCCAUUUAAACAUGCACCUUCACUAAAGUCCUUCGUGCUGUGGGAGUGUGACAGGAUAGAGUGCUUAGUUUCAAAGUCAGAAUCCUCCCCAGAAGUAUUUGAAAGACUUGAGUCUCUAUACCUUAAAACUUUGAAGAACUUCUUUGUCCUCAUUACAAGAGAAGGAUCUGCCACACCGCCACUGCAAUCUAAUUCUACCUUUGCCCAUCUUAAAUCCUUGACAAUAGGUGCAUGUCCAAGCAUGAAGAAUCUGUUCUCCCUUGACUUGUUGCCAAAUCUCAAAAACUUGGAAGUGAUUGAAGUUGAUGACUGUCACAAAAUGGAGGAGAUAAUAGCUGUAGAGGAGGAAGAAGAAGGCACUAUGGUUAAAGAUAGCAAUAGUAGCAGCAACCGCAACACAGUUACCAAUCUCUCAAAAUUAAGGGCUUUGAAAUUAAGCAACUUACCGGAGCUGAAGAGCAUUUUCCAUGGGGUAGUGAUCUGUGGCUCUCUACAAGAGAUUCUUGUGGUCAACUGCCCAGAGCUUAAGAGGAUCCCCCUCUUUGAUCCGGUCCUUGGCAUUGGCCAAAUACCUCUUCGAAGAAUCCAAGCAUAUCCGAAAGAGUGGUGGGAACGAGUGGAGUGGGGCAAUUCCAACAGCAAGAAUGUCCUUCAGCCCCUCUGUGUGUUUCAGGAGGCUUUGUAUUAUUAGUGGGAGAAGAAGGCCGGCAGUUGAACCACAUUCAUGGUCUAGAGAGAGUUGAGAAGCAACCAAGCUCACUCCCCUUGAAUGAUCACCAGAAACCUAAAGAAUUGAAGUUUGGGGAGAGGGUGCAAAUAAAAUUGGGAAGAGAUGCAUGCAGCGUUAAAGAAAUUAAAGCAAUACUGAAGGACAAUCGGCCAAGCGUGGAGAAGGAACAAAGCCUCCGGAGAAAGUAAAGUGAAGGCAUCAAGUGAUCAUUCUAGGAACUGGGAAAAAAAAAAAUUCGUUCAGUUUUGGCUGUAAAACUAAAAUUGCUUGGAUGAAAGGCCAAAUAAGUUUCCCUUGCUAGCUGUCUUGCUCAUCUCUGUAAUUUCAGCAACUAUCAUGGCUGGUAACAAUUUUAUUUUAUUUUUUUGACACA